CUAAAAAUACAAAUUAUAUAGAAAAAUUUCAGUGAAGAGAGAAACUUGAGCCAUCGAAAAACGAAUGAUGAAGGCUGUAUCAAUUGAAUCUGGAGAAGCAUCAAAGGCUAUAGGUCAUGGUGUGAACAGAGGACUCUCUGUAUUUGAUCUUGUUCUUCGUAUCGUCGCGAUUGUUGGUACCUUAGCAGGAGCUGUGGCAAUGGGAACUGCUGAACAAACUCUUCCUUUUGCCACACAACUUGUGCAAUUUUCAGCUCAAUAUGAUGAUUUUGACUCAUUUAAGUUGUUCGUGAUUGUGAAUGCAAUAGUAUGUGCAUAUCUUGCUCUUUCUCUGCCAUUUUCCAUCUUUCAUAUUAUGAGGAGCAGAGCAGGAAAAAGUCGGAUUUUGCUCAUCUUCCUUGACGCGAUAAUGCUGGUUCUUCUCACAUCUGGAGCGUCUGCAGCAACUGCCAUUGUGUAUUUAGCACAUACUGGGAACACUUCUGCAAACUGGUUUUCAGUUUGUCAACAGUAUACCGAUUUCUGCCAACGAUCUGCUGGCUCUCUCAUCAGCUCAUUUGGCGCGAUUGUGUGUCUUGUUCUCCUAAUCAUUUUCUCAUCUGUCGCGAUAUCUAGGCGAUAAAUCGAUGCUGUUUA